AUGGUUCCCAAAGAAGAUGGACAAACAUCCAAAGCAAAAUCUUCUCAUAAGGCGUCCAAAUCUCAAGCAACUGGACCUUCCACUGUAGCAGGCACAUCAUUAUAUCGACUCACUAUGGCUGCAUCAAACUAUAUUGCACUUCUUAAAACGCAGGAACAACCUAAAGAAGUUGGUGUCAUUGUUGAAUAUUUGCAAAAAUUCCCACUAGCAUAUGCACUCACAGCUACUUCGCCAACUCCACGUGUUGACUAUGUGUCUAUUCUUUGGGAAGACUUCCUCCCUUUUCUCCCUGCCUCAAAGAAUAAGUUCCUGAUUCAUCAUCCUCGCUGGUGGUCCAUCAUUAUUCAUGAUGUCAUAAAUAAUAGCAAUCUCAAACUAGAGGAGCUUCUAGAAGGCCCACUGCCACUAUUCUUGCAUAUGUCACCAUAUCGAAUUUGUACUGCAUCUGAAUCUGAGUUUUCACAUCCAUUCAUCAUUCCAGAUGUUAUUCUAGCAAAACUAGGUGAAAACAGUGCCUCUCUACGCUCAUAUCAAAAAUACAUCAAGGGAACUACUUCGUCUCCCAAAAGAAAAAGGAAGCACUCAGAUCAUGCAUCCAAGAAGUCGGCAAAGAAGAAGAAGAAGCAAUCAAAGUCAGAUAAACCGCCUUCUAUCCCAUCUCCUGAUGUAUCAGAAGAUAAUCUUGGAGUAGAUUUAGUUGAGCCCACAUCUACUCCUAAAUCUGGUACAACCUCUAAGAGACUCCCUUUCUUAGAUUCAUUGUUUCAAUCUCCAUCUGAUUAUGUUGAAUCAUCAUCCCAAGCUCCAGUUUCACCAGCAUACUUUCAGUCGGAUCUAGAAGGUGAAAGCAAUCAUGUCUCCUUGGUUAAUUACGACUCUGACGAGGACGAUGAACAAGAAGGUGACAAGCAAUUCGAACUUGAAGAUCUUACUAAGAGCUCUCCAGUUGAAGAUAAUCAAGAUUAG